CUCUAAAAUCUCCGAGGCAUUUGAUCGAACACCUUCAUGGCGUCCAUGGGUUCCAUACCAUUUGUGAUCGAUCACAAUGCAAUCCGUCAAUACUGGAUCCCCUCGUCCUUAAAUUUCCGACCCAGAAAAUCGCUUACUGAUUUGAUAUUUGUAUGUGAUGGUGGUAAUGCUGCCGCUGGUGGAAGAGUACGGCGGAUCAAGGCAACCGGAGAAAGGAAGUCUGGUACGGAUGGAGGUCGUGAUUCGAAUGAUGCACUUCAAGCUACAAUUAAUGGAAGUACGAAGAAUUUUGCCAUGCAUAAAGACCUACAUCCCCAGAUAAUUGAAAGCACCACAAUCAACUCAGAAGAAGAGGGAAUUCUUUCUGAAGAAAGUGAAGAAACCUUAUUUUGGAGCAAGUUUCAAUCAGCUACAUCAAAUGGUACAUAUGAGAAGUCCAAGAAUACAAGUGAAUCAAUACCAGAUGAAGAGACUGAUGAUCCUGCAAGUGAUGAUGUCGAAUCUCCUCCAUUAGCUGGUCCAAAUGUAAUGAAUGUUAUAUUGGUUGCUGCGGAAUGUGCUCCCUGGUCGAAAACAGGCGGCCUUGGAGACGUUGCUGGCGCUUUACCAAAGGCUUUGGCUCAACGUGGGCAUAGAGUAAUGGUAGUGGUACCGCUCUAUGGUGAUUAUGUUGAACCUCAAGAUACAGGAAUUAGGAGACGAUACAACGUUGAUGGGGAGGAGGUGGAGGUGCAGUACUUUCAAACAUAUAUCGAUGGUGUAGAUUUCGUUUUUAUUGGAUCUCACAUGUUUAACAACUUGGGAAGUAAUAUAUAUGGAGGAAAUCGCGAGGAUAUUCUUCGACGCAUGGUUUUAUUUUGCAAAGCAGCCGUUGAGGUUCCGUGGUAUGUGCCUUGUGGCGGAGUCUGCUAUGGAGACGGAAAUUUGGUUUUCAUUGCAAACGAUUGGCAUACCGCGUUGUUACCGGUUUAUCUAAAAGCAUAUUAUCGUGACAACGGAUUAAUGCGAUACACAAGAUCUGUUCUUGUGAUUCAUAACAUAGCUCAUCAGGGUCGUGGUCCAGUGGCUGAUUUUGGUCAUGUGGAUCUACCAACGCACUACUUGGAUCUUUUUCGAUUGUACGAUCCUGUGGGUGGUGAGCACUUCAACAUCUUUGCUGCGGGUCUCAAAACCGCCGAUCGUGUAGUUACCGUGAGUCAUGGAUACGCGUGGGAACUAAAGACCAUUGAGGGCGGGUGGGGACUACACGGAAUUAUUAGCGAAAACGAUUGGAAACUGAGAGGUAUCGUCAACGGAAUUGAUAUGAAACAUUGGAACCCUGAACUCGACGUUCACUUGACAUCCGAUGGUUACACUAAUUACUCUCUAGAGACUCUCGAUAUCGGGAAGCCACAAUGCAAAGCAGCACUUCAGAAAGAGCUCGGGUUACCGGUUCGCGAUGAUGUUCCCUUAAUCGGUUUCAUCGGACGACUUGAUGUUCAAAAAGGCGUCGACUUGAUAGCCGAGUGUGUUCCGUGGAUGGUCGACCAGGAUGUGCAACUCGUCAUGUUAGGGACCGGGAGACCGGACCUCGAACAGAUGCUUAGGCAGAUGGAGAGCCAGCACAAUGACAAAAUCCGAGGAUGGGUUGGUUUCUCGGUCAAAACUGCUCAUCGGAUAACUGCUGGUGUGGACAUAUUACUGAUGCCAUCAAGGUUCGAGCCGUGUGGGCUUAACCAACUCUAUGCUAUGAAUUAUGGAACCAUACCUGUUGUACAUGCUGUGGGUGGUUUGAGAGAUACAGUACAGCCGUUUGACCCUUACAAUGAAUCAGGAUUAGGAUGGACAUUUCACAAAGCCGAGGCUAGCGAGCUGAUCCAUGCACUCGGGAAUUGUUUGUUAACUUACCGGGAGUACAAGCAGAGUUGGGCGGGGAUUCAGCGGCGUGGAAUGACGCAAGACCUCGGUUGGGAUAAUGCUGCCCAUCGCUAUGAGGAAGUUUUCGUUGCUGCCAAGUACCAAUGGUAAGUUCGGUUCUGCUAAAGGCUUACAAUAAUCAGAAAAUCCCGAUAGAAACUAAAGGAGUAGAUUUAGGAAGAAAAAAGCCUAUGAAUCCAUGAAUCAUACCCUAAUGAUAUAUGUUGACUGGAUACAAUGCUUCAAAUUAUUAAAACCAAACCAGCCCAGUAUGUCCCACCCGAAGGUGGUUUUGGGGAGGGUAAGAUGUAAAUUGACCUCUACCUCAAAGAGUCGAGUAGUUGCUCAAACCAAAGCAGAUCAAACGAGCCCAUUAUGUCCCACUUGGAGGUGGGGUUUGGGGCUGAUUAGUUGGUUUUC